AUUGUUCGAGCGAAGUGGCAGACAGACCGAGUUGGCUACUAAAGUGUGAAGGUGUGUAUGUAGCUUCCAUUUCAGAGCUGGCGUUUCAAUUGAUUAGAUUAAUGUAAUUAGUUGUUUGAAGUGUACCGUGGGUGUGGCUAUGAGCGCGAAGUGAUGGGAACACGAAGUUGGACAGGUGACGGACGGCUCUUCUUCUUCUUCCUCCUUCUUCCCUGCUGAGAAAGGAACAUCCCAUCCAUCUGACCAGCUCCAUGGAUGAGGUGGUGGUGUUCCCGAUGCUGGUAGCUUUGGCAGCAGCAGGAGGGUCAGGACCACUUAAUUACACCACUGACUGGUGGGCAGGUGCAGUGGAAGAAGAUGCAAUUCGAUCGCUACCUCUUGACGGGGAAGGAGGUCUCUGGACUAGCUCCUUCAUACCACCUCCACCAAGACCUGACUUCUUGGAUGAUCAUGCCACUCCAGAUGGAUUGACUACUUGUGAUUUGUGCACAUGGGCAUGGCAUGAGAGGGGACUCUUCUCAUUGGACCCAAAACAAGAAACUUCAGGAGAACUGGGCUGGGUGCUCACCCUUGCCAUUGUAUCAAUACUGUCAGCAGCAGUCGGUGCAGUGGUCAUGGUUACUGUGCUCCAGUGUCGGAACAGGUAUAAGAACGAAGAAAUAUCAGGUCUGUGCUCCCUCUGCACCACCAGGUCCCCAAAUACAGCAGCUCCAGCAUUACCCAGCUUGCCAGACAGAGACCAAAACCCUGAAGAUAACAAACACAUAACAACAACAAACUUCAGCAGUGGAGGUGGUAGGGGAGGAGGUGGUCGCGUAUGGACCUGGCUGACUACACGUCGCACCACUACUGGACCUGCACAACUCUGCACCACAGCACAAACCACACCUGCUGAAAACCACUACACACUGGAUGAAGCAUAUACAGCUGUAGGAGAAGCACUGUAUGCAGAGCUAGACCGGGAACUAAGUGACAGUCCUGCAUAUCAGAACACAGCCUACAAUGGUUCAGACACAGAACCUGAUGCACCAGCUUCUUCCUCUGCCCCCAGCAGUGCUUAUUAUUCUGAUCUGUCAUGUGCAACGGGACCAGACCGAACCUAUGAAGCAGUGGGACUUACUCUAGGUACAGCAAACCCAUCCAAUAACACCUGGGACGCAGGAGACAUUGCACUGCGACGGCAUCCCAUGUCUCGCCUUGCUGCUAUCACAGAAACCAUUACUGUGCCUUCGGACUAUGUAUAGCCUGCUUCCUUGCAGACACUAGUACUGCAGUACAUUUUAACCGUAAGCCAGUAUGGUGCUACUAAUGAACUGCAUGGGGUCUCCAUGCUUGGCAGAAGCCUAUUUACUAGUCAAGCUUUAAAUGUUUAGGAAGAAUAGUGCAAAUUCAGACUAUUCCUGAUUUUGAGCUCCAGCUAUCAAAGCCUCCAAAUGAAAACAUGUGACAUUUUCUUUUAACUGUAUUUCACAAACCAGUAAACUCUUAUGGUUGUCUGCAAGACAUAAACAAAAAUAUAUUCCUUAGCCAACUGUGCUGAAAACUGUAACAGUGAUUAUUAAAUUUAUGAGUAAUGGUAAAAAAGUAGCAGCAUGUAUAUUCUUUCUGAACUUUUAAAAGUAAAUCACUUUUGUAAAUUAUUAAAAUUAAUAACUUGUGUUAUACUGUGUAUUAUUAGUCUGUGACAUUGAUAUGACUGUGGGACACUAGAGGAGGCCUGUUUAUGUGAUACAUGAGUAUAACUGUGAAAACAUGUUGACAUUUGCAAGAAACAUGAAAUGUGGGACAUGAUACAUGAUAUAGUACUCCUGGUGUAGAUGCUUCUUUAGAAUAUUUGCAAUUAUGGUGGAAGGAAGAUUCAUUUCUGGUUCAUAAUUGUAACCAGUGAUGUAGACUGAUUGAUGAAUAGGAGUCUCUGAAACUGAACUGUACAAUAAAGCCUGAUCAAAAGUCAGACAUGUAACCUUUCAAAUCAUCUUAACUCUCUCUCUCACUGAUCUUCGGUUCAAAGCAAAUGCUUUUUGUACAGUGCCAGUAAAUAGUCUGCAAAUUGCUAUCCUUUAGAUAAGAUUUUCUACAUUCUGAAACCCACCUAUUAAUUUCAUCAUGCUAUCACAAAAUUGAACAAUUUCAACCAAAUUCUAUGCAUGACCUCCCCUACACUUUGUCAUGUACUUUUGAUUUUUGUUAAGUUUGGAGCAUCUUAAAAUUAAUUUUACUUAAGGUUGUAAAUAAACUCAUCCACCUUGAUAUAAUCACCAUGACACUCACUCACUCAUGGAGCUGAGCCCUUAUUGAGAAGCUGCCGAUUGUGCAGCUA